CGUGACAUUGAAUAGGGCGACAGGCAGGGUGCCAGUUCGUCAAUCAAUGCACCAUGAUGGCUUGGCACCGGUGCUCUGCUACUUUGAUAAAGUUCGAUAGUUCAUGAUACGUAUUUUUUUCAGUUUGAUUUGAUUUUUAGAUUAAGAGGGCGUUGCUUGUGGCGCGCCUUGCAGCAGACUUCUUAUUCGGCAUUUUAACAGCCCUUGCAGUCACUGUACCAACAAACAAACACCGUCGUGUGGGUUCCACCUCAAACCCGGAGGAAACUGUCACAUCUGCUUCGACUGAAACGGCACCAUCUUUUUAAACCGGCAAGGAUGAAUUUCAUGGUGCCACUGCUGAGCUAAAAAAGAAGCAAACCUGCGAACUAAAAACAGAAGCUAGCAGGGGGCUAUCGUGGCGAAUUAGCUAACUCAAGAAGUUUCUUGGCGGAGCUACUGUUACCGACUCUGGACAGCAGACGAGUUUUUAACGUGGAGGUUCUGGUCAAAGGUUCACAUGAGAAGCAGCAAGAGCAGUUGGAACAAGCCCAUACAGCAGAUAAAGAAGUAGGGUCAUAAUGCAGAUUGUAAUUAUAAAACUUGGCCAGCUAACGUCAAGCUAGCUCUACAAGCCAUGCUAUUUUUUACGUGACUCAGUGGCUGUAAAUGAAUGUAACGUAACGUUUUCGCCACAUCGGGUGUUGUCUGUUCACGGUACUGAUGACUCGUGUUUGACUGGAGAAAAGACUUUGUAGUGUCCUCUCUCACAACUGGGACAAGAACCUCUAUUUUCGCUCGGGUUUUAUGACAACUAAAAAUGGGAUCUUUGAAGGCUCUCCAGGAGUGGUGUCGGAUACAGUGUGAAAAUUACAACGAUGUGGAAAUAAAGGACAUGUCAACGUCCUUUCGGGACGGUUUGGCAUUUUGUGCAAUAAUACACCGGUACAGGCCAGAUUUGAUAGACUUUGGCUCCCUGUCUAAAGAAAAUGUCUACGAGAACAAUCGACUGGCAUUUGAAGUGGCAGAGACAGAGUUGGGGAUCCCAGCCCUGUUGGACCCAGAAGACAUGGUGUCCAUGAAAGUGCCUGACCGCCUUAGUAUUAUCACUUACGUCUCUCAGUAUUACAACUUCUUCAACAACAAGUCUCAAGCAAACCCUCCCUGCAUGAAGAGACUGAGCUCUGUUGGUCACAAUGAACCAGCCCAGAAAAGGCCUUCGAUGCCUUUGGAAAACAAACCGGUUGAGUCUGAGCUGAGCCUGCCUGAGCAAACAGGUGUGGAAGUGAGUGCACCAGUGAAGCGCAGCACCCUGAGCAGCACCUGCGCCGCCUGCCAGAAACAUGUCCACCUGGUGCAGAGGUUCCUGGUGGACGGCAAGCUCUACCAUCGCAACUGCUUCAGGUGCAUAGAGUGUCAUAGCACUUUGCUUCCCGGAUCCUACAAAUUACAAAGUAACUCCGGGGCCUUGGUCUGCACACAUCACCUUGGACGAUCCACCUUAACCAGUCAGAAUGGCCGACCGGAUCUUAGUAAGAGACCACCAGUGGUUGAGUCUGUCAGGAUUGGUCGAAGCACAGUUCCUCACAGCUCGUCCUCCGAGAUGGACAAGGCAAAGACUUUGAACAGCAGCGUAAACAGCUCUGAUGCCUCUGCCAGUGACUCUCUCACACUCACUACGGUUACAGCAAACCAAGCAGACUCUUUAGAAGAAGCAAAAGAGAUCGAUAACAAUAAAGAGACUAAGGAUAAACCACGCUCUUCCUCUCCUACCAACCCUUUUGAUGAGAGCGAUGAAGACGAGGAAGAUGAAGGAAAAGAGGAGGAUACUGACACACUGGCUGAAAGUACAGUAAAUGGAGAUCUUCCCUCUGCACCUGUCAGUCACUGUGAAAGUGCAAGUCGGCCGGUGCCUGCACCUCGCAGGGUCUCUGAACCCACUCCCCCUCCUCGUCCUGCCCCUCGAGUCCGAGUACCUCGACCUGCAGACAGUCCUGCUGUUGGUGAACAACAGAAGCCUCUUAUCCCUCCUAAACCUCGAGAAAGAUCGCAGUCCCCUGGAAGCCUGUCUGGUGGCCCCCCUAAACCCAAAGACCCGCCAUGGCUCGCCCUGGUCCAAUCCCAAGAACCCAAGAAGAAGAAAGCCCCACCCCCUCCCCCCGCUGGGCUGGCGACACCUCCAAACACAGGCUCUCUGUCCUCUCUCAAAGGGGAGGGCUCCAGACCCAGCACACCCCCUCCGCCCGCCAACCCAUUUGAUGAGGAUGAUGAUGAAAAUAAUGAGGAAGAAGAAACGAGUGAGGGAAGCGAAAUUCCAGCCACAGUGGCGGUUAGUCAUCCAUGGUACAGCAUCACCCGGGUGGCCGAUGCAACCGGUUCUGACACUCCCCCUGAUGGAGGAAGCUCGUCACGCUCAGCCAGCCCCGGGAGUGCCAAGAGGAAGAAACGCCCAGCACCCCGAGCUCCAGGGCCACCUACCUCCAGCCAAGUUCUCCCUCACUCUCAGCCCCCAUCUUGUUCUCCCUCUCCAGCUCUCAGCACAGAGUCUCUGUCCUCCAGCUCGGACCACAGCUCCUCCCAGCCCCCCUCGGGUGGUGGUGCCAGCAGCGACCAGGAACAUGCCUUCACCAAAAGCGUCUCAGAGCCUUCCAUCUGUUCACCAUGCGACUCUGUCGCCUCCUCCUCUUCCACUGAGCGCAUGCCGCAUCCUUCCCUGAGUCCCUCCCCCUCUCCCCUGCCGUCAAAUGCCAGUUCGGCUCCAGCCACCCCCCAGACGAGUCGCAGCUCAGGGACCAAAGGGACAACAGCGCCUCCACCACGACCCCAAACAACCCCCAGCCCAUUAGCCUCAGGGGCCAGCCAUGCUCACAACAAGCGUAUCUGUAAGGAGAACCCAUUCAACAGGAAAGCUUCCCCCUCGCCUGUUAAAUCCAAAAGUAAACCACCAAAAGGCCCUCGCCCUGCCAGACCACCAGCCCCUGGCCAUGGCUUCCCACUUAUCAAACGCAAAGUGCAGUCAGACCAGUACAUCCCAGUAGAGGACAUCCAUGGGGAGAUGAGUCAGCUGGAGAAACAGCUCGACCAGUUGGAGCAGAGAGGCGUGGAGCUGGAGAAAAAGCUGAGAGACAAUCCAAACGACGAGGAUGAGGAGUGCCUGUUGGUCGACUGGUUCACUUUAAUCCAUGAAAAGCAUCUCCUGGUCAGACGAGAAGCUGAGCUGGUCUACACGGCUAAGCAGCAGAACCUGGAGGAAAGACAAGCUGAUGUGGAGUAUGAGCUGAGAUGUCUGCUCAACAAACCAGAGAAAGACUGGACUGAGGAAGACAAGAAUCGGGAGCAGGAGUUGAUGGCUGAGCUUGUCACCAUCAUUGAACAACGCAACCAAAUUGUCAACAACAUGGACCAGGACAGGCAGAGGGAAGAAGAAGAGGAUAAACUGAUGGAAGCCAUGCUGAAGAAAAAAGACUUCCAUAAGGAUCCAGACAGUGACCACCAGAAGAAAAAAGGGGCAAAGUUCAAACCCAUAAAGGUGCUCAAAAGGCUGAGCCACAAAGGGGAACCCGGCAAGAGCCACAGCCCCCGAAAGGAGAAAAGCUGAAAACCAGCCAAAGGACACAUUCCCUGCUAAGAGGAAACUAUUUUAGAAAAACUUAGGACAAUAACAAACGGAUGUGGGAGGAAGAAUCAGGUCAGAGCAAGCGUGUCCCAUCUAACUGUGUUGUUAAUUAGGUAAAAUAUAGCGUAGCAUCCACUCCCAGCUCAUGUAUUAUGCAAAGCUCCUUCGUGACUAUUUUCUGCUGCCUUCGUGUGUUGAAAGGAACUGGACAACGACUUUAAGUGCUUUUAGAGUUGACACAUCUGUAAGCUCUGACAUUCAAACCAGUGAAGGGUAAACACAGGUAGGUUUCUAAAUGACUGCACUGACUCGUCGCAUCUGCCUGCUUCACUGAUCCUGCAUUGCACAGCGACUGCCCUGUUGGCCUUUUAUCAAAGUUCAUCCAAUGUAUGAUUCAUUUCUUGGACUGAAGCCAGUUGGAUGCAAAAUUAUCCCUGAUAAUCUGCACCUUUUUAAAGCGGUGAUCUUUAUUCUCCCCUAUUUUACCCUACAGUCCCUGUUCCCUCAACUCCUCAUAUCCAGUUGAUGGUGUCGGUUGAUGGAGAAUGUUUUGUGAAGCCAUUGUGAAAGUAAAAGGUGUUUAUAGAGAAAAUCAGCUUUAAAGUACCAUUUACAGGCAAUCUCAAAAAUGGAUACCUAAGCUAUUUUAGCUGCUAUAGUACAGUACCAUUGUUUGUGAGUCUUUUUAGUAUCACGUAUGUGUAUGCACCAUCAAAGAUGGCAUGCACAUAGAUACAGUAUUUAUGGGUGUUUGACAGGAAAGGAAGACUUCAUUUAGAAUAUGUGAUGGCUGUAGGGGAGCAUUACAAAGACGUGUUCAGAUGUCAUUGUAAGUUUUAAUAUCAAAGGUCAUUCAUGCAAUAACAAGUAUUAAAAAAGAUGAAAAUAUUUUAACGGCUGCCGCAAAACACCAGUUUUAACUAUUGAAAAAACCUCAAUAUGCAAUCGUUAAUUUAUAUUUUACAAUGCCUUUUUAAAUGUUUUAGUGUUUUGCCUUAAUAGUGAAAACGAACAGCCUGUUAACAGAGAUUGUUUGUAUGAGUGCCACUUAUUUAAUUGCAUAUAUGGAUGAACAUUUGUUGGCGCUAAUGUAAAUGUCCAUAAAGUUUACUCAUUCUGUACCUGUUUUGUUAUUAAGGGUGUGUGCUUUGUUUGUGUAUAUUUGUCCUCUGUUUCUGUCUGUUUUUGUCCCGCUUCUAUCUUCCUGUCCAGCUGAAACCAAGGGCUUCUGUAGCACUGCAUUAGUGUCUGCUAUAUAUGGUCCUAAAACAGCAGCAGAAUUCUACAAAAUACUGACACUGGAAGGCCAGAGGAAUAAAAUAAGUUCAUGCAAAAA